CAAGCAAGGAGUGCUGUGAGAAAGGCCGACCUAGAUGCAUCCCCACACGGCUCCGCUGGGAAAGCCGCACACGUCUGCGCCCGGAUCCAGGCGCUGGAGCUCCUGAGCAGCCCGUCUCCAUCGGGAGGAAUGCCUACCCGGGAUACAGGCAGGAUCUCCUUUGUUCCUCACUAGCCACAGGCACUGCCCAAGCCCUUCCUCAAGGGACCUGCUGUGCAGCCAGCCCUUCUCUGAGCACCAUGGGGACCACAGAGGCCACUCUGCGGAUGGAGAACGUGGAUGUGAAGGAAGAGUGGCAAGAUGAGGACUUCCCAAGACCUCUCCCGGAGGAGACGGGGAUGGAGUCACUGGGCAGCCCUACAGAAGAUGAGAACACAUCCUCUCACCCCAAUACUUUAAACUUUAACGGGGCGCAUCGUAAGCGGAAGACACUUGUUGCACCUGAAAUCAACAUUUCCCUGGACCAGAGUGAAGGCUCCAUUCUCUCCGAUGACUUCCUGGACACACCAGAUGACCUGGAUAUUAAUGUGGAUGAUAUCGAGACUCCUGACGAGACAGAUUCCCUUGAAUUCCUGGGGAAUGGGAACGAACUGGAAUGGGAAGAUGACACUCCUGUGGCCACAGCCAAGAACAUGCCAGGGGACAGCGCAGACCUGUUUGGGGAUGGUGGCACAGAAGAUGGGAGUGCUACUAACGGGCGGCUCUGGAGGACUGUCAUCAUUGGGGAGCAGGAACACCGCAUCGACCUCCAGAUGAUCAAACCCUACAUGCGGGUGGUGACACACGGAGGAUACUAUGGAGAAGGUCUCAAUGCCAUCAUUGUCUUUGCUGCCUGCUACCUGCCAGACAGUAACCUGGCUGAUUAUCACUACAUCAUGGAGAAUCUCUUCCUAUAUGUGAUCAGUAGCCUGGAGCUGCUGGUAGCUGAGGACUAUAUGAUUGUGUACCUGAAUGGAGCAACACCUCGCAGGAGGAUGCCAGGCCUGGGUUGGCUGAAGAAAUGCUACCAAAUGAUAGACAGAAGGCUGCGUAAAAACCUCAAAGCUUUGAUAAUCGUGCAUCCCUCGUGGUUCAUCCGGACAGUGCUGGCCAUAUCCAGACCCUUCAUCAGUGUGAAGUUUAUCAAUAAGAUCCAGUAUGUUCACAGCCUGGAGGAACUGGAGCAACUCAUCCCAAUGGAGCACGUGCAGAUCCCAGACUGCGUCUUACAAUAUGAAGAAGAGAGGAUCAAGGCCAGAAAAGAAAGGGCAGAAGAGAAACAGGACAUGGCUGAGAAGGAAAGGCCUGUGCCCCCAGCAGAAGAUCAGGAAACCAGUAUGUCGUGAAUCAAAGCAGAGUGGAAUGAAUGGAGCAGAAGAAUGACGCAGCCUGGCAGUCACCCAUGAAAAUGACCUUUUGGUGUAAGACCUUGUCACCAUCUUAUUCCCAGUUCUGUAGCUCAUGGAGCCUGCCUCCCCUGUCUCCAGGAAUCAAAGUCCAUUAAACGUUUUGGAAACAUAUUCCUUUCAAAACUGUUCAGACAAGGAAAAAACAAGAAACAAAGCCACAAACCCAAGCAAGCCAAGAAUAGCACUUUUCAGGACAGGUUCCAGUAUGUUUCAGUAAUAGUCUGUGGAGAGCUCUUAAGUAGUGCAAAUAGAUGCCAUGUUUUCUCUUAGUAAAUGAAGAGCAUCCUGUAGUGCAGUAGUUGCCAGCCCCAAAAGAGAUAUAUUUUUUGUUUAAAUUAUAAACCCUUCCUCUAACUUGCUGCUGGCCAGCACUGAGACAUUCUGCUUUGAACCCCCAUUCCCUCCAUAGAGACCUGGCAACCAGGACAUGGAAUGAGAAGAGUGCAUUUCCCUCCUUGCUACAGCCAGUGUGUGUUUCUUCCUGAAGAUACCAAGUGCCCACCAGUCAAGGCAGUUCCUCCAGCCUUGACCAGUUAAUCCAUUGCCAGUUAACUCACACAGAAUCAUUCCUAGCAGUAAAUGCCAUGGUUUUGUCCUGGUUUGCUCUCUCUCAGUUUGUAAGGCACUCCGAUAAGUCCCGUAUGGUAUGGCAGCCUCCACAGAGCUUCUAAU